AUAGUCAGCAACAUUAUGGAGAGAAUGGGAAAAUGUCCUCACAGAAAGAGCUCAGCUGGACAAGGUUUUAAGGAGACCAAAGAGACCAGGGACCCUGGAGAAAACUACAUGGACUAUUUGAAGAUAGACGAACUGCUAAAACUGCACGUGCGCCUGACUGAUGGUCCGAUCGCUCACGAUGAGCAUCUUUUUAUCAGCAUCCACCAAAAUUUUGAAGUGUGGUUUCAGCAGAUUCUCUUUGAACUAGAAUCCAUCAAAAGGCUGCUGAAAGAACCAAAGGUCUGCGAGAAGUACCAACAGCUCAUUUUUCAAAGGCUAGUUCGAGUAAAUUGUAUCUUCAGAAUCAUGAUCCAACAAUUCGAGGUGCUCGAAACGAUGAGUUGUAUCAACUUCAUGUCCUUUAGAGAAGUAUUUCAAGGUGGAGCUAGCGGUUUUCAAAGCACACAGUUCCGCUUACUUGAACAAAUUCUGGGAAUCAAAGAGAAACAACGAACAUGCACAUUUCUGAACUCCUACAACGAGAAGUUAACUGAGGAGCAGAGACAGGAGAUUGAAGAUCACCAGGACGACCAAGAUCUCUGUACUUUGAUAGACGGAUGGUUGUCAAGAACUCCAGGGCUCCAACACUUUCUUAUCUCAUACAAAAACGCUGUUGAAGGUGUCAUCAAUGAUUUUUAUCUUAAAGCCAAGGUUUUAGAACACAUUGAUCACGCUAAAAGUGGAAUAUUCGAGUCAAAAGCGAAACAAUUAGAAAAAGAUUGUGCAUCAUCUUUGACCAAGAAAAAUAUGAGUGAAUGCAAUAAAAUUAAGUUUCUACUUCUAGCCAGGAAUGGUGGUCGAAUCCACGGGAGAAAGCUGUCUUACCGCGCUUUCAUGGGAGCCCUUAUGAUCAACUGCUAUUCUUCAGAGCCUAGAUUUACUGUCCCUUACGAAAUCAUCAAGAACCUCAUGGAUAUGGACACAUUCUUGACGAAAUUUAGAUUUGGACACGCCAUGAUGGUUAAAAGGAUGAUCGGAGGACGACCAGGAACCGGAGGAAGCGGGGGCUAUAAUUAUCUCCGCUCAACUGUCAGUGAUAGAUACAUGCCGUUCAUAGACCUGUUCGAGGUAGCGACCUACCUAAUAGCACCACAAAAGCUUCCGCGCUUAGCAUCCGACGUGCUCGUCGAGAUCUCAAAGGUCUAUAGAUCAGAUAGUUCAGAUAAAUUGGACUCUCAAUUAACUGACUCCACCUCCGUGGACCUAAACUCCAUCUCCGCGGACUCAGACUCCACUUCUGCGGACUCUGACAUUAAGUUGAAUUCUAUUCUUAUCGAUUUUAACGGGUGAUACUCGUCGACGAGUCCUUAACUCGGCGCGCGUCCUGGUUAUAAACCUACAAGUACAAUAUCGAUUAAGCACCUUACACAUAAUGCAUAAAAACAAUGAAACUGAGGAUUCUAUAGUUACAGUAACGGUUAUAAACAAAAAUUAGACGUGCUGCGCUCAUGUCUUGUUGCGCAAUGAAUUACUGGGCCGCCCAGCCAACAAUGCUUCUCACAAGAUCGGCGAGAUUCACCACUGUGAAGGAUUGACAUCGUGAAUUUCAAGCUCAUGUCUCACUCUCAUGACGUUUGUUUUAACUUUUUUGAAUUUGCUAGUUCACGAUUAGGU